UGGAAGAGAAUUUUCCAUCAACACCCACCCCUGUACCCCCUCCUGCACCUGGUAAUCACUCUGUUGCUUCAGCUCAGGAUGGCAAAUCACCGUCUCAUCUGGAUACCAGAGCAAUACCAGAUUCCACUCCAGAGUCUAAGCAUAUCUCUAAGCUCUCAUCUUCUGAACCCAUGUCUAAAACAGCUUCCUCCAAACCCUCAUCCCCUACUCCAAACCAGUCGCCACUCUCCGCGUCUCCCAACACCCCAGUCCCUCAGAUGUCCAAAGUCUCAUCCUUUUCCAAGCUCAAGAUGGCUGCCUGCAGCGUGGCCUGUGACAAGCAGGCAGACUCCCAUCCUCUUUUUCCUGCAGCUGCUUCAACGGAUGCUUCCGCUCCCGCAACAAAACCAAGCUUCGCUUCUGUGGCCAAGCGCUUGAUAAUGCAGGAGAGACUUAGGAAAGCAGAGGAAGCAGAGGACGAUGAUGAAGAUGAUGAAGAGCCGGAUGAAGAGUUGGAGCUGGAGCAGCUGGAGGAGAAGGCCAACGCUGGCGAUGCCAGAGCUCAGGCCCGGCUGGGUCAGCACUACUUGUCUCUUGCUGAAGAGGAAGAUGCAGAAAUAAACAAUCAACUGGCCGUUAACUGGCUGAUAAAAGCAGCUAAACAGGGAAGAAGGGCUGCAGCGAGACUCCUUCGGCGCUGCUGGAUCCAUAAAACAGGAAUUACUCCAGAGAAUGAGGCUGACGUUCGCACCUUGUCAACGGAGAGCAAGUUUGAACUGGCAGUGCGCAAAGCGGCCAUGAUGAUGUACUGGAAGCUCAACCCGGACAGAAAGAAGAAAGUGGCAGUAUCUGAGAUGAUUCAAAAUGUCAGCCAAGUGGACACAGUGCAGGGGGGCAGUGCAAGCAGGAUUCCCGCCCCGACUUCAGGCCAGACCCAGAGAGUGCUGGAGAGCAUGGUCAGCAAUGACUCCAACCAGAUGAUGGAUCUGGAUGACUUUGUUGAGAUGACGAAAAAUUAUGCACAAGGUAUCGUCCCGCCUGCUCCUCAAAGUGGGAGUCAGGCCACAGGCGGAAGCUCUGCACCACGGGACAGUGGUGACAAGCGUAAGACGGAGCCAGGCCCAACAGGACACCGAAGAAUGAACAGGAAGUCUUGGAGUUUCGACUGCACCGGGAUGAUGCUGGACACCGGCCACACCGGAGCCAUGAAAAGGGCCAUGGACAUGAAGUCCCGCUUGAUGAUGCUGCAGUAUCCUCUGCGAGCCACCAUCGAGAUGAAGGAGCACCUGGUGGACUGGGCGUCGCGGGCCGGGGUCCAGUGGCUGAGCACGAUCAUCCCCACGCAGCACGUCAAUGCGCUCAUCUUCUUCUUCAUCAUCAGCAACCUGACGGUGGACUUGUUCGCUGUGGUGAUCCCUCUACUCGUCUUCUACCUCUCCUUCAUCUCAAUGAUCAUUUGCACGCUGCGCGUUUUCCAGAGCAGCAAGACUUGGGAGAACUUCCGAGCCCUGACAUCGCUGCUGAUUCGUUUUGAACCCGGCCUCGACAUGGAGCAAGCAGAGAGCAACUUCGGCUGGAACAAUCUGGAGCCGUACCUUUAUUUUAUCCUGUCCGUAUUCUUCGUCAUCUUUUCCUUCCCCGUUGCUGACAAGAAAUGGAUCCCCUGCUCCGAGCUCUCCACAGUGGCCAUGUUUUUCACUGCUGUCAGCUACAACAGCCUCAGCCCAGCUGCUGCAACGUACGCACGUCGGGCUUUGUUCAUAGAGGUAGCAUCAAAUGUGUGUGCCCUGACCCAGCUCCUGCCAGAGACCAUGACAGUGCUCCACUUCAUGGGACGAACCUUUGUCACAGUGCCACUCGGGGAGUCUGUGGUGCUGAAGCUCAGCCUCCCCUGUUUCCUGUAUGUUUACAUGUUCUACUUGUUCUUCAGCAUGGCGAGGACGCGUGGUUUCCGCGGGACCUACUGCUUCCUGAUUCCAUACCUUGUGUGCUUCAUGUGGUGUGAGUUCUCAGCGGUCCUCCUCCAGAACUCCUCGGCUGUGGGUUUGAUCCGCACCUGCGUAGCGUACUUUCUCUUCCUGUUUGCGCUGCCUGUUUUGGCAUUCGGCCUGGCGGCCAUGCUCCUCGUCCAGCUCUUCAAAUGGUUCCUGGAGCUGGAGCUGACAAAGAUGGUCGUGACCCUGGUGGUGUGUGCGAUCCCGGUCAUGCUGCGCCUCUGGACGCGGUUCAGCAUGUCCAUUCUGGAUGUGUUCCGUUCACUGACGCAGCGCGGGCCCGUUAAAUUAAUCCUACUGUGCAUUUCAAUGGUUAUCUUUUUCUUCUCUGUCUACGUGUACCACUCAGAAGGACAGUUUAAGAUGUAUAACUCCACCUUGACUUGGAACCAGUAUAGCGAAGUCUGUGGGCCUCCAUCGUGGGAAGCGAAGGGCAUCGCCAACACACAGAUCUUCUGUAGCCACCUGCAUGGACACAGAGUUACCUGGUCCGGCCGUUUCAAGAGUGUACGUGUAGCUGACAUAGAGAACGGGGCCCGCUCGGUCAUCAGCAUGUUGCCGGUGUUCAUGGGAGAUUGGCUGCGCUGCGUGUACGGUGAAUCAUAUCCCAAAUGUGAGCCAAAGAAUGCUACGUUGGUGAACCUAACAGCUGCAGAAGUGACUUCUGCAGAACACGUGGCUCCGCUGUCCAAGCUGCUUCAAAAGCAAGAGGAGGAGUUGUGUCAGCUCAAGGCUCUGGCCAUGUACACCUGUCACAUCAAGAAGUUUGACAGCUAUCGAUUUGAGGUGACGCUGGGGAUGAUCCGGGAUGGAACUGCAGGGCCGGAGGACCCAGCCAGGGAUAUAAUCAUGAUGGCCAGCAAUGAGUUUAAACAAGUUCUGCUGAAUCUCAGACCUGGUAAUGUCGUGGAGUUCAGCACUAAACUGGAGGGCCGUUUGGGAGGCAGAGCUCCAGUCUUUGAGUUGAAGGCUAUCCACUGUCUGGACUGUGUUAAUUCGAACCUGAUUGGAGGCAGGCAAGUGAAGAUAGAGAGAAACUGGCGGCGUACCACCAUGAAAGCCAUCAAAUUUGCAUUUGACUUUUUCUUUUCACCGUUCCUGUCAGCAAAUAUCUGAGGAAAAACAUACAGGAAACCCAGACAGAAUCUUUUCAGGACGUCAACCUUUUUGUUGUGCUGUAAUCAUCAUCUGACAACUGUAAUUCAUAGCACAGUUUACUAAUGGAUCCUAUGUAGCAGAUAUUUUUCUUUUCAUGUACAGCAGGUGAGAAAUGCCCAGAUGAAAACGGAGACGAAUCAAAUCCCCUCUGUUUAUAUAAAUAAUCAAGCUUUCUAAAUAUUCAGUUUUCAAGCACUCAUAGAAAGAACUGGAUGAAAGUUUGGCAUUUGAUGGUUUUAAAGGCAGGGUAAGCGAUUUCCGGGUUAUGUCACAUCCGUUUAUAUUAUAACAAAACAUUGCCAAAACACAGAAAACUAGCGCAUUCUUUCCCCUGUUACAGUACUUUAUGAGAAAACAUACCCCUUCACAAGCGCUAGCCCUCCCCUUGUUAGUGAUUGGCUGGAGCAGUGUUUGUUGUGGUUUGGUGGAACCCCACAUUGGUUCUUUCCUGUUUCCAGAGUCAGGUUUGUCUAUGAAGAUCAGGUUUUUUUUAGAAUUAUUUCAUUUAAUGUGGCAAAAAGUGUCCUCAUUUAGAAAUGACAUACAAUCACUUACCCUACCUUUAAAAAAUAUGGAUGCUAAUGCAGCAUGCUAACCACCUCCGAACACUUAGAGAUGUACAUAAAACUAAGCAUUGCGUCAUAGGGCAAUCAUGCUAGUGCUGCUUUUGUAUCUAGGAAUUUCUUAUUUUAGAAAUAUUUGAAAGGAGAUUUUAUGGGAUUUUAUAUGAGUGUAUGUUUCAGUGCAUAUUUAUUAACCUAUUUAUACGUUUUUGUGACAAUCUGUGUGGCAGAAUAUGCAGUUGUGUUAAAAAUCUGAAUAAUUUGGCCUGUAUAUGCAGGGAUAGAUUACAAAUGAAGGUAAAUGCAGACUUUUACCUCUAAUUUAAGAGGGCCGACCUAAAUUCUUUUAGGAGGAGUUUAGA